CCUCAUUUCCCAAUUGUUCCUCAAUGCUUCCUCGCCUCUCCUCUUCGAUACUUUCUCGUCCUUCUUCUUCUCCAACCAUAACAAUACCCACCCCUCGAGACGAGCCUUGUCCCCAAGGAUCGAACGCAGGAAACUGGCCCUUGAGAGUCGAAUAAUCCUCCCAAGUGUCAUUUCUUCAGCAAGAUUCUCCCAGCGAACCAAAAGUUGAUUUUCUAGAAUUUGAGAGUCGAAUAAUCCUCAUAGGAAGUUUGGUGGCAGCAGUCGUUGAUUUUCCGAUGAACUUUUUCAAAAGGCUGACAUGGAAAACUGGAUGUAAUCGAGAGACUCUGGGCAAUGAAUGUCUGCCUGUAGGGUUGUAAUUUCAGGUACUGGGCCUUCGGUCUUGGGCUGCUCCAGCAUACAAUAACCUCGCCUGGCCUGCUCCUCAGCUGUGGUCAGUAAGCAUACACAACAUUUUGAAUCAGAUUUCUCGGUUUGCAAAAGACAUGAAAGUGCUUUUGGUGGAAAAAGUUUAUGUUGUAAAUGUUUUGGGUUACGUGGCAUACAAUUUUGUUAUUGGAGCAUAUUCAUAUUGGGGGCCAAAGGCUGGUUAUAACAUUUAUCAUAUGAAGAGUGCAGAUAUGUUGUUUGGAGGGAUUACAAUUGUUUGUGGGAUUAUAGGAACAAUAUCAGGUGGCUUCAUCCUAGAUCGCAUGAGUGCUACAAUAUCUAAUGCCUUUAUUCUUCUUUCAGGGGCAACAUUUCUGGGCGCAAUAUUUUGCUUCUCUGCUUUCUGUCUAAGGAGCCUGUACGGUUUUAUAGUUCUUUUUGCUGUGGGUGAAUUACUUGUUUUUGCAACUCAGGCUCCUGUCAAUUAUGUAUGUCUCCAUUGUGUAAAACCGAGUUUGAGACCAUUAUCUAUGGCUAUCUCUACUGUCUCAAUUCACAUAUUUGGUGAUGUUCCUUCCUCGCCACUUGUUGGGGUUCUCCAGGAUCAUAUCAAUAAUUGGAGGGACACUGCACUUAUUUUGACCUCUAUUCUCUUUCUUGCUGCUGGGAUAUGGUUUAUAGGUGUUUUCCUACUUAGCGUGGACAAGUCCAAUGACGGAAGUGAACAAGUUUCUACAGCCAAUUCAAAGCCAUUGCUUGAGGGGAACGUGGAUGAAAGUUUUUUGUGAAGUAGUCGGGAGCAGCAUGCUAUUAAAAACUUUGCACAUCCCCAGUGUAAAUAAAAUUAUAGCUUUAUUUCAAUUGUAUAAGUUUCCAAAGUUAUUCUGUUAGCUUUUGAGGCAGUGUUUGAACUAAGUGGACGUGGAACACUUACUUUCACAAGAAGUUUGAUCAUAAGAAUAGCAAGAAUGAUAAAAUUUCAAUUAAGAAAAUGGAAUGUGUUUUUGAUGUGAAUGUAAAAUUUAUUGGUCUUGUACA